CCGCCAAGUUCUGGUUGUGUUCCAGAGAAUGUUGGAUUACCGGUAAUAAACGAGCCCCCAAUACCGGCACAGAAAGAUAACAUCCCAACAAUUUUGAAAGGACUACCUCAAAGAUGGCAGAACUGGGUUAUUCGUGGGUUUUUUUCUCUGCUCCUUAUUCUAGGCUAUGUAUUGAUCAUCUGGAUGGGGCCAGUAGCUCUCACAUGUCUGGUGCUACUGAUUGAGACUAUGUGUUUUCAUGAGAUAAUCAGCAUUGGUUACGCUGUGUACCGGUCCAAGGACCUGCCCUGGUUUCGCUCACUCAGUUGGUAUUUUCUUCUUUGUGCCAAUUACUUCGUGUAUGGGCAGAGUUUAAAGGACUACUUUGGCAUUGUUUUGCACAGAGACUUUGAAAUGCUUCAGUUUCUUAUAGAUUAUUAUCGAAUCAUCUCCUUCAUGUUGUAUAUAUUUGGUUUUAUCUUCUUUGUCCUGUCUCUUGUUAAGAACCAUUAUCUUGUGCAAUUCACUCUCUUUGGCUGGACUCACAUCGGACUACUUAUCGUCGUCUCGCAGUCGAACCUUCUCACACAGACCAUCUUCGAAGGUCUCAUCUGGUUCAUCAUCUCAACGUUAUCUGUCAUCUGCAAUGACAUCAUGGCGUACAUGUUUGGAUUCUUUUUUGGUCGCACUUCGUUGAUCAAACUUUCACCGAAAAAGACGUGGGAAGGCUUCAUUGGUGCUCUCUUCUCAACUCUUGUGUUUGCCUUCUUUCUGGCAGCCAUUCUGGCACCUCAUCCAUAUCUAACUUGCCCUGCUACGUUUAAUGCAGAGAGCCACAGCUUUGUGAUGAAGUGUACACCCAGCUCAACUUUUGUCCUUAAGGAGUAUCACUUGCCAACAAUACUCAAGGAUGCCUUUGCUAUUCUUGGAUUCAAGUUGAGUACGGUAACUUUGUAUCCAGCCCAGCUUCAUGCCGUUGUGAUCGCAGCUUUUGCGUCAUUGGUGGGUCCAUUCGGUGGAUUCUUUGCAAGUGGAUUUAAGAGAGCUUUCAAAAUAAAGGAUUUUGGUGAUGUUAUUCCUGGACACGGAGGAAUCAUGGACCGAUUUGAUUGUCAAUUUAUCAUGGCAUCAUUCCUGUAUGUGUACAUCUUCACCUUCCUCAAAACUGCCAACCCUCAAAAACUGAUUCAACAGCUAUUCCAGCUUCCUGUGGACGACCAGAUGACCGUCUAUAACAGCUUGCAGGAACACCUGAUGAAGAGUGGUGCUCUUACACCAUAGGGGGCGACAUAACCAGCAAAGUCUGACACCAUCUUGACAAUUUCUCAACAUAGUGUUUUCCUAGGAAGGUUAGCUGGAAGAGUAGACUCGAUAAGGAACUUGAGCCUUGUUGCUAUGUGUAUCCUAUUAUUGGAUAUCAUGUUUGAUUUUUCUGAAGCUGUGGAUGUAUUGAUAUUUUUUUUAUUCUUGCUUCUACCAAAUCAAAGUGCAAUUAAGGGUUUUGUUUCUCUUCACUUUAACAGCAUAACCUGUAUGUAAGUCUUGUCACAUGUCAUCCAUUUCCCAGGGUGUCUACAUAUAUUUUUGAAUAUUGCUACUUAUAUUGUAUAAAGCACAGGUCAUGAUAUUGGUUUACAAUGCUUUGAUCACAUGGCCAUUCCACACUGUGUAUCAGUCUUGGCAUUUUUAAGUAUCAUAGUGUAAAUUCUAUCUUAACAAAUGUAAUUAGAAUUUAAAAAUACUAACAGAUCACUGAAGUAUAUGUUUAAAUGAGGCUGAUGUUUCUAACUGCUUUAGUUCUAUGGUGAUUUGUCAGGCCUGUGAGUGUGGCUAUGGCGUAAAGUUGUAUCUGUAAGCCAAUCAGAAGUCAGUUAUUCAGAGGGGUGGAACUUUAAUUAUGAUUGAAAUAAUUAAAUAAUGCACAUGCUCAUAGAUAUUCAUUAAAAUGUCAAGAAUACAGUGUCUUUUUUAGAUGAAGUGCACUGCAGUCAAUAAUAAAUAGGAAGUAUAAUUUAUAAAUCGUGUGAUAGCUAUGAAAUAUUUAAAUUGGUAAAUUAGUAACACCCUCUCCAACCACCCAUUAAGCCAGCCACACACAAGCCAAUUCAUCUAACAGCCUUAAUCCACAUUUACACUAGACACGAUAAUGACACGACAACAACAUAUCAUCGCGUAGUUUAUAUUCUUCAACACUGAGCGCAUUUUUAUCGUGUUGUUGUCGUGUCAUUGUCGUGUCUAUUGUAAAUGUAGCUCAAACCUGCUCAACUAAUUCAGUUUGUGUGCACAUAUAUUUCUGAAGCUAAAUUCACACAGGUUAACUCUGCACAAAGAUACCUUUCUCAGCUGUUUGCACUUAAAAAUCAGUGUGUAUUAAGUUCACACAAGCAAGAUUUUGCUGAACUGUUGUAUGUAAUGUUAGCCUAUGUUAGCUACACCCAGAUAUUAAGUUGAUUUAUGUUUGGUGUAUAUUAAUGGCACGUGAGCAGAUUUUGCUGAGCUGUUAGUUUGUAAAGUGUGUUUUAAUUGCUAACAUGGAUUCAGUUGAGCUGUUUACCCAUAGUGUAUUAACGGCACAUGAGCAGAUUUUGCUGAGCUGUUAGUUUGUAAAGUGUAUAUUAAUUGCACAUAUGGAUUCAAUUGCUGUUUGCACGUAAAGGGGGGAAGAUAAGCCAUGACUCGCAGCUUCAUUGUGCUGGUGUUGGGUGUUGUCCGUGACUACUAGUAGUGUACACUGGACCUCUAUUUUAAGUCCUUAUCCGAAAUGAUUUGCUUCUAGAAACCAAAUCAUGGGUCUGGAGCAACUUAAACCAGCACCGUUGUUAAAUGCUCUAGUUAGUGGCGCCCCGCCUUACCGCUCGGCCAAUCGAUUUGAAUGUGUGGUGUGUAUUAAUUAUUGCACGUGAGCGGAUUCUGUUUAUCUGUUUGCGUGUAAAGUUGGGUGUGUUAACGGCGCAUAAGCAGAUUGUCCUCAGCUGUUUGCGUGUAAAGUUGCGUGUGUUAACGGCACAUAAGCAGAUUGUCCUCAGCUGUUUGCGUGUAAAGUUGGGUGUGUUAACAGCACAUUAGCAGAUUGUCCUCAGCUUUUUGCGUGUAAAGUUGGGUGUGUUCAACGGCACAUAAGCAGAUUAUCCUCAGCUGUUUGCGUGUAAAGUUGGGUAUGUAUUAACUAUACACAACCAGAUUCUACUCAACUGUUUAUUGUUUAUGUUGGUCCUGAUAUGAAGUCGCUAAUAUGUGACAGCCUUUAGAAUUGUAUAAAAAUAAUAUUUUGUGAAAAUCAGAUUGUCUCAGAAUUUGAACCUUGCAAUUACCACUUAAUUGUUCUUGCGGUCACAUUUUAUAUGAUAUAGGUAGUUUUCAUUGGUCAAAUUAUAUCCAAUCAGGAAACUGCAUUUUGAUAUUAAGUAGGAGGCAAGGAAAGGAUUCAUUGGUCAGGAUACUAGCAUUUUGACAGAUUUAUUUACCAACAAUUUCAGAGUGAGAAUUAUGAAGUCCAAGAAAUAAUGUGCAAUGCUUUGUCACAAGAUUUAACAUGUACCAUGGUUUCUCUUGUAUAAGCCCACCCCCGAACACAAACUUGGGCUGAUUUUGUGGCGUGGGCUUAUACCCAGGGAUCCCCUUUUCAAUCAAAUGUCAAAUUUUCAGCACUGCCUUCCUAAAUCACAGCCAAUACUUGAUUUUUUUUUAACCAAGGAACUAUCUCAAAGCCCAGAUUUCAACCCUACAUUUAUAUUUUCAGUUUAGUAAUUGCCAUUAUGUAUGAAAGUAUAAAUUUCUAUCUUUUAACCACAAUGAACCAGAAAUUGGUUCUGUAUUUGGAAUUAUGGUUAUAUAAAAUUUGCUAUCAGGUUUAUGUCUGAACUAAUGCAUACUUGCAAGUACUGCAUAGUACUAAUGUAUUUUAAUUGUAUAAAUUGUAUAUGUUAAAGUUAUUCACUGAUGUAAUGUUGUAGAUGAAUCCAUAUAUUCCUUAACAUUACCAAGGCAUUAUUGUCCUGGUCAGUAAUGGUCUGUGGCUGAUGAUAUUUGAGGGUCGGUGAUGAUCAGCAGUGGUCUAAGUCCAGUGGCAGCCCAGGGCAAUUCAUUUGCAAAGGCUCGACUAAUUUGGAUCCAUUGUCUGAACAAUAUGAAAGGGGGAAAACACCUGAUGCGAUAAAAUUAUUGUAUUGUCAUUAUGAUUUUUGUUAUCAAUGGAAGGCUUUAUUUAAUGUGGAAAAAUUUGUAAAUUGUCACAUACUAUUUUCUUACUAUCCUGACUACACAACUAAGAAUGAGCAAUUUAUGAGGAAUGAUGUUUUGCCCUACUUGACAUGUUAUCGUACUGAAUGCUCAGUACGUUCCCAAAUACUUAACGAAAAAAAAAUCUUGCAAGUGAUUUGAAUAGGAAUUGAACUCAGACCUACAAACUAUCCUGGCGUCUUAACCACUAGACCACUGGGCUUGUGCUCAUGGCUAGUGUUGAAUCUGAUCCCCAAGUAGCAGUGGGUACUGCUAUUCUGAUCAUGGCGUACCAAGUAGGGCAAAACAUUAUUCCUAUUAAAAUCUCCUCACACAAACACCAUCAGAAUAUUCAAUUGUAUUAUUUUCAAAAGUGUACAUUUGCCUCAUCAUUAUCCAACAUACUUGCCGAUUACAGAUUGUCAAAUAAACUAAAUCUCCAGGGGCGGAUCCAGGGGGGGAUAUCCCCCCCCCCCACCGUUUUGCCACUAAAUUUUAAAAAAUUCAAUGCAAAUCAAUGUCGUGCUAAUCACUUAUCUGUUCUCAAACUGUUAUGUCUCCCUCUCCCGUUUGAAAAAAAUAUUCUGGAUCCACCCCAGAUCUCUAGGGAUUAUGGGAUUGGACUUUUUAAUUUCUUUAUAUCUAAAGUAGUCAGCAAACAUCCUGAUAUUUGUAGAAUUUGAACCCUUUGGUUUGACAGUGAGCAUCUUACUCUGAUGAUAUUACACUUUCCAAGACAAACAGUUUUGGUUUUAUUUGACUAAUGAAUAUUAAGUCAAAUAAAAAGUAAUUUACAUAAUCCCAACAACUGUGCGUGUUAUUAGAUGGAGGAUGGCUGGUAGCACCACUACCAGUAAAACUAAAAUAUCGUUAUAUGUUUUACUCAACACAAUCAUUGUAAUAAUGGAAAUGUGAACAGGAGUUCCUCAUUAGCAAAACGCUCAUUUAUGUAUCGCAAUAAAUAGUGUGUAAUUAAACAUAGGAAGAAUCUGUAUCUUAAGUCUUACUCAAAAUCCACCAUAUUUUCAAUCUCAUGAAUAUUCAUUAAAUGAAUGCAUAAUUCGUAAAUUGUAAGCUAAUGAAUAUUAAUGUGUUAGUCAAUGUAUAGCGUGUAGUUCAUAAAAUUCAUUGAACAUUUAUUUAAUGAAUAUUCAUCAGUACAUAAUUCAUAAAUUGUCAGCUAAUGAAUAUUCAUUAGUCAAUGUAUAGCAUGUUCAUAAAAUACAUUGAACAUUCCCUAAAUGAAUAUUCAUCAAAUGAAUGCAUAUUCAUAAUUUUUACAAUUAUUUCUUAAAUUAUAAUGAAUAUACAUUUUGCUAAAAAAGCAAAAGAAUACGGUACAUUUGUAAAAUUUUCCAAUUAAAACAAAUUUUUUUUUUCUGCACUAAUAAUUAUUCAUUAGACAGUAAUACAAUUGUUCAAUGAAAUGUUAACUUUUAUGUAAAUAAAAAUUAAUCAAUUCUUUUUGUAAUAUGAUUAUUAGCAAUGCAUUAAAUACUGUAUUAUUCCAAUACAUUUUUGUAUAUAAAGCAUACUUUAAAAGUAAUAUCUCCUUACUUGAAAGCACAUUUUUAAAGAAUGUAGUUAAUACAUAACUGUUAAUAAUUUGGAACAAAAUCGUGAUCUUCAAGAUGUUAUUUUGAUGACACAAAGAAAAAUAAGGAGUGACCAAUUAAUAAGGAUAUCAAAAAUUAGAAUAUUUUUACAUUUUCCAAGACUGUUCAUUAAUAGCAUUUUCCCACAUGAUUUAUUUAUUUAAAGACGAAUAAGAUGUAAAUUUCAUUGUAGUUUUUAAGUGAAUUAAAAUAUAUUCAGUCUCUGCAUCAUACUUUAAAACAAACAUGACGAUAUCAUGUUUUCCGAUGAAAUUACAGUAAUAGGAUUUAUAAGUAAUAGGAUUUAUAAGUAAUUUUGUUGUAGCCAUAGAUAAUUGUUUCUCAUGUCUGUUGUGUUCUACUGCAGCAUAAAUUUUAUUAGUUUGUAUUUUGGAAGAUACAAUAAAGAUAGACAUCCACAA